UGACAUUCUGUGCAAUCCUCAAAUGAAUACUUUCGGUAUUAUAUUGGUAAUUUUUAUAAUUACAGAUGAAUAUGAAGGAAAAGUAACCUAUACGUUUCCAGAAUUUCAAUACAAAGAAACAAAUAAAAACGAGGUUAUGUAUAGAGAAGUAGAAGCGGCGUGUCAAAGAGGAUGCAUUGGAAAAAAUGGCGUGUCAAAAAUAUUAUGCGUUCGACAGUGCAUUUCCCCUUCCUGUUACAAGGAACUGUAUCAACCAGAUUUGUUGGAGGAAGGAGAGGUAGAUGUAAGACUAAAUUCAUUCAAAGGAUGUUUUAUUCAACGAUACAACAGAUCUCGCCCAUAACCAUGGCUAUACACCAAUAUAUUAAUAACAAACACCUAAGACUAUUUUACAAUUUACAA